UUUUAUAAGCCCGUUAUCUGACAUUGUCAUUCUUAUCUGAAAAAUGAGCUAAUACAAUAUAUAUUUUUUUUAAUUUUCGAUCCACAAGUGUGCGUACACUUGGUUUACUGACGUGUCAGUUUAUAAACUACCUACAUAAACGUUAGCAAUUAAGACGUGACAGUAUUGAAUCAAAUUGUUAUUUAAAACCGAAAGCGAGCACGUAUAAAUAUAAAUAUAAAUAUGUACCGCUGCGUGGAUCACGUGAUUAGACUAACAAUUUGAAAAUGUAAUAGCUACUGACUUGUCUAUGAUAACAUUCGGUUAUCAUUAAUAUAACUCGGUUGACUUGUCUACCGGUCGGUGAUAGUCUUCAGUUACUCUGCAAGAUUGAAAGGUUUGACUUUCAAUCAAAGUUUGCUUGACACCGUUAUCUUUCUCAAUAAACUUUUUGUAAAACCAGUUAUUAUUCUUUAAAAUUAAUUCUCCAGACGUUUAUUUUUUUACCGAGAUGAAAUAUCGAUACUUUGAUUAAUUGAAAUAAUAAAAGGAAAAAUUAUAUUUGAUGUUCAAUAUAGUGAAAGUGUAUUUAAUGAUCAUUGAACGUAUACAGAAGCGUGAAUUUCAGUAGACGAGAUUAAACGAUAUUGAGAGAGUGACAUUUGAGUAAGAGUAAAAAUGAGUAUACGCGAACUGCCAGUGGAAUUGAAAAGAUUCGCAAAAGAAAAACUUGGUGAAGAUGAUAAUCAUUUAAUAGAAGAUGUAAAUUAUAUAGUAGACUGGGUGUCGAAACAGCCUCACCUGUGUAUACGUCAAGAUCCACAGUGGAUAGCAGGUUUUUUACGAGGUUGUAAACAUAGUUUAGAAAGAACAAAAGAAAAAUUAGAUACUUAUUAUACCAUUAAAACCCAUUUGCCUGAGCUUUUUCAAGAUCGUGAUCCAAAGCAGUCAAAGAUAGAAAAAUCACUUGAAUUCGGAAAUUAUUUACCGCUACCAACAACCGUCAAACCUGAUGGCCCGCGAGUUGUGUUAAUUCGCGGCGCAAUAUUCGAUUUCAAGAAAUUUGGCUUUCAAGGACUCCUGAAAAUAUUUUUCAUGAUUAUGGAUAUUUCACUGUUGGAUGAUGAUUGGCUUAAUGUUGCAGGGCAAGAUACUGUUAUAGAUCUCAGCGGAAGUCGCCUCGAGCACGCGAGCUACAUCACGCCUGCUCUAGUAAAGAAAGCCGUCACCUGUUUCCAAGAUGCCUACCCAAUUAGGAAUAAGAGCUUGCACUUUGUUAAUCCACCACCUACUUUCGAGACAAUUUUUAUACUUAUUAAGAGGUUCAUGAGCGAGAAAUUGAGAAAUCGAGUAAUGCUUCAUCGUGAAAUGGAUAAAGUUUUUGAUUAUAUCCCAAAACGUGUUUUCCCUUCUGAUUAUGGCGGUGACGCUCCUUCUAUUGCUAAAUUAACCAAAGAAUGGAAAAAAAAAGUAAUCGAGAAACAAGAGUGGUUUAUCGAAGACUCUCAAUACCGAGUGACAGAGUCAAAGAGGCCUGGAAAGCCAAUUACAGGAUUAGAUCUCUUUGGACUCGAGGGUAGUUUCAAACAACUUGACUUCGAUUGAAAUUUUAUAAAAAAAAAGUCCAAAAAAAACGUUGUAUAGCACUUUAAUUUAAAAUGAUAUUAAACAGUAAUUAUCUUAUCUA